AUGAAACGACGGUCCAUGAGAAUACAACCAUUAUCCGUGAUUCUCGGCUUGAUGCUGUGGGAUCCGUCCCCUGGGCUUGGCUUUCUACCACACCAAUUCCUACCAAACCAACGGCACCAGAAACCAGCCCCUCAAUCACUCCAAAUAUGGUCGCAUCAAUUUCAACCUGCAGCAACAGUCACCAGAAACACUCACUUGUUGGCCCAAAAAAAGGACCAAGGAGAGGAUGAUGAAAACGACGGCAAAGACAAUGACAAAGGCGGUGGCUUUCUAAGAAAUCUUCAGUUUUGGUCCAGCAAAGAGGAGGAUGAUGAAAGCGACAAGAAGAAAGAAUCAAAGGGCAAGGACGACGAGAAAGGAUUGUUUCGUUUCUUGGGAGGAAAAGACAAGGAUAAGAAGAGCGACAAAGAUAAACGACAAAAGGACAAAGAAGAAGGAGGAGGCAUCUUCAGGGCAAUAUCCAAGCGGUUCAAUGCAGGAAAUGAGACAACAACUCCAGAACCUGAGGAAACUACAACAAUUGACCUGGAUUACCUGGAUAUUGAUACCAGACCGACAUUUGUCACCUUUCAACGGUCCAAGGCGCAAGACGUCAGGACACCAAAACCAGGGUCACGGACCAUGCCAGUCGUCGUAUCCAGGUCACAACAACAACCCAAAAAGAAACCAAUCAAGUCGCUAUCCCCGCCAACGCUCCCACCAACAGGAAGCACUAGGAAAGUUUCAACUCAAUCUGCAAAGAAGUCGGCUCCUCCUUCUCCCAAGAAAACAACAACUCCCCCAAAGCCCAACAAAACCCGUCGAAUAUCACCCAGAAGCAAAUCAAAGGAUGACGAGGGAAACAAAGAGAAUGGGGAUACAGACGACUCUGAAUCGUUGGGAGGUCGAUUCCAACGGAUAUUCUCCAGCAGCGACAAUGAUGAUAAUGAUGCCAAAACUGGAAACAAAACCAAAAGCAGCCGAAGUCGUGCACCUCGGAGUGUGGCACAAAAGUUUGUUUCCAACUUAUUGUCAGACAACAACAAGAAGGAGCAAUGGGUGCCCGUAUUCCCCAAAACCAGGCUCAGUCCGGGCGAAAUAGUCCCGGUCGAAGUGGCUGGCUUGGAUUUGAUUAUCGUGGCGUCCAAAGACGCACAGAACAUUUACUGCAUGGUCAACUCGUGCCCUCAUUUAGGAACACCAUUGGAAACGGGAUUCCUCGAUCGACGGCCAAUUGAACUGGACAAGGAAGCUGGUGGUUUCACUAGCAAUUCGGCGCUUCCGCUCCAAGAGACUGAUGUGACUGCCAUGCUCAGCUCGGAUGGAUGCGAAGACUGCAUUGUAUGUCCACUCCACAAGACGGCAUUUGCAUUGCAAUCGGGCCAAGUCAGAGGAGAAUGGUGUCCUUACCCGCCCGUCCUCGGGAAAAUGAUGUCGACCGUCAAAAAUGCCAACAGUGCGGCUGUGUUUGAUGUCCGCACGAGGGGUAAGAACAUUGAGGUGAGACUCAAUUCGCCGCUGACAGCCAUAGAUGACAAGAAAGAGGGCGGCGGGCAGAAAAAGAGCUAG